AUGAUGCAUUAGUUUGUAACUUGCAUAUAAAACUUUAACCAGGAUUUUUAAUUAUGGAUCUAGACCAAGUGAGGUUGGUAAUUGACCUAGAAAAGAAAAAAAAAACGUUUCAAAUGACCAGGAAGAGUAGAACAGCUAAACUGUUCUUGAAAUAGUCAUACAACAUGAUAUAAGUAACCCAGCAUAUAAAGUUUCAUCUUAUAAAUAAAUACUGUUUUAUCAUAUUCAGCAUAAUUCAUACAUAAAUUGCCAAUUGCCAAACGAAAAAAAAACUUUGGAAAGAAGUAGAAGGCAUGUUUAAUGCAUCGGCAAAUUGCAGUCGAACAUCUGACAAGUUAGAAAAGAAGUGGUUUAACAUGACUGCGAAGCAUCGCAACAUUUACUCGGACUUUGUCAAGGACAGGGCCCUUACUGGUGGAGGUGUCUGUGAGAAAAAGUUGGACUACCUCACGGAAGCAGUAAUGAAUGUAAUUGGAAAGGACACAGUUGCAGUGAAGGGUGCGAGCAACACCAGCCUUGAUUCAUCUUUUUAUCUGCUCGAUAAACUGGUAGAAAGUGAUGAAAAUAACAUAAAUGUCGAUGCUCUGUAUGAGGCAUCAGAACAACUUCCACUUGGAAACAAAACUAUGACAAGCAACAGUAGCACCUGCAAUUGCCAUACAGUACUGGAAAAGGAAAGUGUUGAAAACUUGAAGAAAAGAAAACUCAUCCUAGAAAUACAGUAUCUGGAAAAAAAAACUUAAGAUGUAAAACAAAUGGAAUAAAUGUGUUCUUAUCAUAAAUAUUAAACAUUUUUCUCAAGGUUUGAUUUCACACUUUGCUUAUUAAUCCGGGGGCCACUUGUGUUCAGAGGCACUUAUAUUCUCAAAGUUGGAAAUUCACCUUUUCUUCAUUCAUCCGGGUGUCAAUUUAUCCUGAGGCUCGUUUAUUAUCAAAGUUGAAAAUUUACAUUUUAUCAAUAAUCUGAGUGUCACUGGGUUCAGAGGUACUUAUAUUUUCCAAGUUGGAAAUUCACACUUUGCUCAUUAAUCAGAGUGUCACUGUGGUCCGAGGUAUGGAUACUCUAAAAGUUGGAAAUUCACCCAAGUGUCAAUGUGUUUGGAGGCACAUAUAUUCUCAAAGUUGACAAUUUACAUUAGUUUGAAAUUCACACUUUGCUAAUUAAUCCGAUGUCUCUGUGUUCAGAGGCACAUAUAUUCUCAAGGUUUGAAAUUCACACUUUGCUCAUUAAUCCGAGUGUCACUGUGUUUGGAGGCACAUAUAUCCUCAAGGUUUAAAAUUCACAUUUUGCUCAUUAAUCUGAGUGUCAGUGUGUCCAGAGGCACAUAUAUUCUCAAGGUUUGAAAUUCACACUUUGCUCAUUAAUCCGAGUGCCAAUGUGUUCGGAGGCACAUAUAUUCUCAAGGUUUGAAAUUCACACUUUGCUCAUUAAUCCGAGUGUCAAUGUGUUCGGAGGCACAUAUAUCCUCAAGGUUUAAAAUUCACACUUUGCUCAUUAAUCCGAGUGUCACUGUGUUCGGAGGCACAUAUAUCCUCAAGGUUUAAAAUUCACACUUUGCUCAUUAAUCCGAGUGUCAAUGUGUUCGGAGGCACUAUAACUUUUUCUGA